CGAGGGGCGUAGCUAAGCAGCGGAGUCGGCCUUCGCGAGUCAGCCAUCUUUCAAUUGUGCUCUCAUCCGCCGUCGCCCGCAGCAGCUUCAGCGCCUCCUCCUCCUCCCUUGCUUGCUCGGCAGCCGCGCUCAGCGUAAGCGGACGGGGCCUGCCGGAUCCCACGUAGUUUGAAGCGUUUGCGGGAUUUUGAGAAGAUGUUUUUCGAGCGGCUGCCCUGUUACAGUGUGGUGAUCGCGUGGGUGAUUUCUUGCUGCUAGGUAUAAGGAAGAGAAGUUCGCGGGAAUAUGGCUCGUACCAAGCAAACUGCCCGCAAAUCCACCGGGGGGAAGGCGCCCAGGAAGCAACUCGCGACAAAAGCCGCUCGCAAGAGUGCGCCCUCUACCGGCGGGGUCAAGAAACCUCAUCGCUACAGGCCAGGUACUGUAGCUCUUCGUGAAAUCAGGCGUUAUCAGAAAUCAACUGAACUUCUGAUCCGCAAACUUCCAUUUCAGCGCCUGGUGCGUGAAAUUGCCCAGGACUUCAAAACAGAUCUGCGUUUCCAGAGCGCAGCUAUUGGUGCUUUGCAGGAGGCAAGUGAGGCCUACCUGGUUGGCCUGUUUGAAGACACCAACCUGUGUGCUAUCCACGCCAAACGUGUCACAAUCAUGCCAAAAGAUAUCCAGCUAGCACGCCGCAUACGUGGAGAGCGUGCUUAAAUUCUACUAAGAUGGAUUUGUCAUUCUCAAAACAAAUAAAAUCUCUUCUUCCUGUUAUUGGUAGUAAUGAACGUUAGAUUUUUUUUCCAUGGGGUUAAAAGGUACCUAAGUCUAUGGUUGCAGAUGGAAAAAUAGAGGACAGAAUCGGGUAUUGGCAAGUUAUUUUUCAUUUUCAUUUGUGUGUGGAUUUUUAAUAUAAAUGUGGGGACAUAUAAAGCAUUAUUGCUGUCAAAAAAAAAAAAACCAUUUCAUUGAACAAAUUUCAGCAGUUCAACUUUAUAACAAUUAUAAAUAUGCCAGUCAGACUUUUCUGGACAAUGCCAGCAUUUGGGUUGUUUUUUUUUUUAAAAGGUAAAUUUCUUAUUGAUGGCAACUAUAUGAUGUCUGUAUCAUACAGUAGAUUCCAUCCAUUCAUUAUACUUUUCUAAGUUGUCCUACAUGCAAGUACAUGUUUUUAAUGUUGUCUGUCUUCUGUGCUGUACCUGUAAGUUUGCUAUUAAAAUACACGAAAUAA